GUUAUUGUUAAUUGUUAUAUUUUUUUUGUAUAUAUGUUGAGUGAUAUUAGGAAUAGGCUAUAGUAAAUUGGUUAAAAACUGCUUAUUCUAGUGUUGUUCUUGUAUUCGUGUAGCAAAGCAUAACCAUAAAAGUAAUUAAAAUAAAUCAAAUAAUAUAGGACCUAAUUGGUUAUUGGUAUAGGUUUAUAUAUAUUAUCAUUAGCCAGUUUCCAAGAUGGGUGAACGCAAAGGUACAAACAAAUAUUACCCUCCCGACUAUGACCCGAAGGCAGGUGGACUCAAUAAGUUCCUGGGCACCCACGCACUGCGGGAGCGAGCCCGUAAGAUACAUAUGGGUAUUCUUAUUAUUCGCUUUGAAAUGCCAUAUAACAUUUGGUGUGAAGGCUGUAAGAACCACAUCGGAAUGGGUGUCAGAUACAAUGCAGAGAAGAAGAAGAUUGGCAUGUACUACUCUACACCAGUGUACCAGUUCCGCAUGAAAUGCCAUCUCUGUGACAAUCAUUUUGAGAUCAAGACUGACCCAGGGAAUCUAGACUAUGUGAUUGUGAGUGGAGCACGCAGGCAGGAGAACCGCUGGGAUCCGACGCAGAAUGGACAAGUGGUGCCGGAAGACAAGGAGACUAGCAAACGGCUAUUUGAUGAUGCCAUGUUCAAACUGGAGCAUGGGGUUGGAGAUGAGGGUACAGCCAAAAAAGUGAAUCCUGCCCUUGGCCGACUCAUCAACCGGAACCACACUGCUUGGAAGGAUGACUUUGCUGCCAACAGUGCUCUCAGGGCACAGUUUAGGGUAAAGAAGAAGGAGAUGAAGGCCAAGGAGAGGAUUGACAAUGCCCUGUUGAAGAAGACAGGAUUAGAGAUAGCCUUGGUACCAGAACACGAGGAUGACAUCAAGCUGGCAUCUCUGCUCAAUAUGAAACCUACAAAAACUGCCGCAGAGAAUCAGAAGUUAAUACGUAAGAAGAUCUCAAUGUUACCUUCAACACCAAAGACACUGACGAAAGCGGCUCUAGGUAUAUCGAGGACAAGCACAGCAGCAACAUCCCUGGUUGCAGAUUACAACUCUUCAGAGGAAGAAUUAAGCUAAAGCCUAUUUAAUCUGUGUCCCAUUUAAAACAAAAUCCCUUUUAGAAAUGUUAAUCCAUUAUCUCUUUGAUGGAUAAAUUUGGAUUUUUACUACAAAUAUUUGAGAUAUGUCAAAACGAUUGUUCAGUGGUAAAUCAUACUCACAUUGUAGUCAGCCCAAUUACUUUUUAUUCAAUGUGUUGUAAAGCAUGUGUUUGUAUAUUUCUUUGAAAAUAAGUUUUAAUCCUAUGUGAUAAGAUUGUUUAAUAUAUUUAGUAUGAUAAGAAAGGGAAACAAACAAUGCUAUAUUUUGUUACCAUGUAUAUAAUAUUUUAUAAACAUAUUUUUAUUAUUUAUAUUUAUUAAAUUAUUCAUGAAGUAA